GCAGUAGUAGACAGGUUUGCAGUCAGGCUUGCAGGACAAGGGCAGGACAGGGGCACAGAGAUGAUGCUACAAGAGGGGAAAGGGAAUUUCCCUUUUGGGAUCCCGAAUGCGCCACCUGUUGGUGGAGCUGCCUCCAAGGGGCCUGUUGCUCUCCUCUCCUGCUGCUGCAAUAUAUACUUUCUUCAACUGCAACCCAGCGACUCUUCCACACCAGAUGUUCUCUUGAUGUACCACAGCUUUUAAUCUGACCCCCCCCCCCCCCCCCGGGAUUGUCCCAGAGAGAGAGGGUCAGAGCUCGUGAUCGCCCAGGCGAGAUUGAGAGGCGGGGAUUGACGCUUUGGGGUCCAAUGCAAUGCUGCAUGUGGAUGAUGUCCUGGUUUUGAUUUUGAUAUUUAGGUUUGGACUCGUCGGGGAAUUGAAUGCUGCUGUGAUCAGAUGCGGGGAUUGUUCCGCCGGUGUCCUAUAAAUGCUUUGGAUGGCUCGCUGCCCUACUGCUGAGACGUAGCUCUCUGGGUUCAAGAGCGUGGAGCCUGCCCAUUGUAUUGGCAGAGGUGGUGGUCUUGGAUUUGUUGAGAAGUUUGGUGACAGAGUGUAGAGAAUUUAGUUGUAGCUUCUGGGUGGAGUUUUCUUUUCUGCGUGUUUUUGUUUGUUUUUUUGGUUUUUAGGUGGGAAGGAUACGUUGAUUCUUUGCUGUGGGAAAGAAGAUGGGAGCAGAGGAGCUUUAUGAGGUGGAGUUUCCGCCCGAGAGUAUCAUUCGGAGGAGAAAUAAUGUAGAGAGCUUGAAGGACUUGAAUGGGAGGGAUAGCUAUGGGGGAGAGAGGACCUUUAAUAAGAGUAUGAGUAGUCGUAGUGAGAAAGCUACUGAAUUAUUGAACCAGCUUGUGGAGUUCUCGGCUCUGCCAGAGUACCUUCAAGACAACAGUUUUAUUCUGCGGCAUUACCGUGCUGAUUGGCCUCUAAAGCACUCUCUGCUCUCAAUCUUCUCCAUGCACAACGAAACCUUCAACAUUUGGUCGCAUCUGAUUGGUUUUCUUCUGUUUUUGGGACUUACUAUUUACACAGCAAUGCAUAUACCGACAAUUGUAGAGCCGUCAACUCUUCACAAGUGGCAACAUGAAAUCAACGAUGUAAUGCCCUCGUAUUUGCAGCUGAACGAAGCUCUCUCCAGUUGUGUGCCUGGCACUUUCGACGGCAUUCAUUGUGUACAGAAACCAAUCACACGAUGGCCGUUCUUCGCAUUCUUGGGAGGUGCCAUGUUUUGCAUGUUUGCAAGUACCAUGUGUCAUCUGCUGGGCUGCCGUUCAGCUAAAACGUUCUACCUAUUGAUGCGGCUGGACUAUGCAGGGAUCGCAACUCUCAUCGCAACAUCAUUUUUCCCUCCUGUAUACUACAGCUUCAUGUGCAAUCCUGCACUGUGCAAGAUGUACCUUGGCAUGAUCACAACCAUGGGGGUAUGCUCUUUGCUUGCAUCCAUGAUACCUGUGUUUCAGACAGCAGAGUAUCGUCAAGUUCGUGCAGCUGUGUUCUGCACGAUGGGGUUGUCGGGAAUCGUUCCCUGCUUGCACAAAAUUUUCUUAUACCAUUACGAGCCUUUGGCUUACCAAGCGUUUAACAUGGAGAUCUUCAUGGGCGGUAUUUAUGCUUUGAGCGCCCUGAUAUAUGCCACCCGUAUCCCGGAGCGAUGGACACCAGGCACUUUUGACAUCAUUGGCAACAGCCACCAGUUGUUUCAUGUUCUCGUUGUGGCGGGUGCUUAUGUUCACUACCACGGUGGGUUGGUAUAUCUAAAGUGGCGGGAUGUGCAAGGCUGUCCAGUAUCGUAAUGCGCUGAGUUCAGGGUGUGCCUACCGAGGUUUCAAGGUUUUCGUAAUCUUGAACUCUCGGAGAGUUCGUUCCUUGUGACUAGGUCAGGCACAUAAAUUCAGCAUGUACAGGUUUGUGAGUGGUAGUAUCCUACCAUGUUUGGAACAAUCAUUUUCCAACCAAGAUGAGACACCUUUACAAACAGUGAUAUUGCCAUUUGCGGGUGGAUGUAUCCAGUUGUUAUUGGGCAACAAUUUCUUCGUAGUUGCAAUAAUAUUUAUGAAAAUCUUUUGUA